UGGAACGUUCUAUUCUGCUCCGCGACGCGGAAAAACACACGAAGAUAACUGCAAAUUUAAAUUGUUUUUGAUAACGUGUCUCGUGAGGGUUUUUACACCUGAUUAUUUUUUUCAAGUGAUUCUGCAGUGGUGAGUUGUCAUCCCGUGGUGCCAAAAAAGGAAAAAUAAUUAUAAGAAGCACCCGAGGCCUAAUAUUGAUUGUGAUUUUUCGUAGUACGUUAGUUUUGUAAGAGUUUCAUAUAUUUGCUGCUUAUUUAAGAUACAUGAAUUUUUGAAACACAACAUUCCAGUACUCUGCGUGAAAUUCUGUUAUUAAAAGAGCUAGCUACAAUGGCCAAAAAGGUGGACGAUGCUUUGACAAGGGAGGACUUUGACGCCGGUCCGUCGAGCUACGAUGAGGUAGAGCCAAACUUGUACUUGGGAAAUUUGACAGCUGCUACGGACCUAGAUUGGCUGAAACAAACUCAAAUCUCUCACAUACUCACAGUAGACUCUUGUCCUCUGCCAAGAAAAAUACAGGAUUCUUUGCCCCAUAUAAAAUUGAAGUACAUGCAAAUGACAGAUAUGCCAAGAGAAGAUUUAUUGACCUCCUUUGAGGACUCCAAUCAAUUUAUACAGAGCGCACUGGACUCUGGUGGCAAAGUGCUGGUUCACUGUUACUUUGGUGUGUCGCGCUCGGCCACGAUUGUAAUAGCAUUCGUAAUGAAAAAGUACAAUUUUCCAUUUGAUAAGGCUUUCGAGGCUGUGAAAGCGAAACGUCGCUUUGUUGGUCCAAACCCGGGCUUCCAAGCUCAGCUCAAGCUCUACGAAGACAUGGGCUUUACAAUCGACUGUUCGAAUAUUCAAUUCAAAAUUUACAGACUGCAAAUAGCCGCUGACAAGGUGAGAAAGGUCAAAAUUUUACCCCAGAACUAUGUUGACCUCGUAAAACCGGAUCCAGCGCUUCUCUCUACUCACCCGGAACCAACGGUGUAUCGCUGUAAAAAGUGCCGCAGGAUACUUGCCAACGCGAGCAACAUCCUGCCCCACAGGCCAAAGGAAAAACAGAUCUGGCGGCACGUAAGCUGCAAGCGCGACAAGGUACCAAAGCAGAUCAGAGCCCUGGAGAAGCCCGCCGAGCCUUCCGCGAAGAAGGAGGAAAAGGAGGAGGCCAACACGGAGCCCUGCAACAAGACGCACUUCGUCGAGCCCUUGGCGUGGAUGCCGGAUAUUCUGAACAAGUGCGAGGGUAAGCUCCACUGUCCCAAGUGCAACUCAAAGCUCGGCUCGUUCAGCUGGGUGUCCGGCUGUCAGUGUCCCUGCGGCAGCAAAGUCGCGCCGGCUUUCUACUUUGUACCUUCCAAGGUCGACUGGAGCAACGCCGUGCAGAAUGUUCAGUCGACCGUGUAAGUUGUUUUUUUAUCGUUGUUAGAUUAAUGUGCUCCACCAAAAGGUUGUUGAUCAAAGUGUUUGGUAUUAUAUUUUUGAAAGGACUAUUGAGACUAAAAAAAAAAAAGAAAUAUUUUCCAUUUACAUUCAAAUGUCGAUGAUACUUUACCGUGUUGAAUGCUAUGCGGCGUUAAACAAUUGUUGGUCAAAAAAUGCGUACAAAUCUCGCUGCGUCGAGAGUGUUGAUAACUACAAUAUUUCCAAAGUAACGCUUAUGUAUUAAAAAAAAGAGAUUAUUAUUAAUAUACGGGCAGGGGUCGCGAAGUCAUACGUGAAACUCAAAGAUGUCUGUUCAAAAGCUUACAUUUCUAAAAAAUACAUACUAAAGGUUUUGCUAGUCACGUUUAGACUUGGAGUAUAAGUAUGUAUAAAAAGACAAAAAACGACUGAAAUGUUUCGUAAAUAAUUUAUUUAACGAGGGUGCGCUAAAGAAACGCUACAAAUUUUUUAAAUCGCAACGUCGAGUUUUUUAAAGAUAAUUAAAUCACGUGCCAAGCUUCGCUCUACCCGUGUAAUUGUUACGACUGCAUUAACCUUUUUAUUCAGUGUUAAAUGUGAUGAUAUACAUAAACAUACAUUUGGGGGGAAAAAGCCCGUAUGUUCAGGUUGUUGUUGUUAUUGCUGUUGUUACGUCGUACGUGUUACGAUCUAUACAAAUAAUAUAUAACUUAUCGUAUACAUAUUUAAUAUAUCUUAUAUACCUCGUGUACAAUUGAUCGUCGCAAACACACACGUACCUCACGCAUGUUUGUAUCAAAAAUAUUGCAAUCUCGCUGCGAGAACGUUGCGUGUAUAAAAUUUUGUUAAUAAAAAUUUUCUCACUUCGA